UAAAAACAAUAAUAUUUAUAAGUAUUAAUUGAAAAUUAUUAUUAAUAUUCAUUUAAGUGUUUCUUUGUAUAAACAACAAGCAAGCAAUCAAGUAAAUAAGGACUCGCAAAAGAGAGACAUAUAAAAGCAAUUAAUUUUUAGUGUUUAAUUUGAUAAAAUGUACAAUAUGUCAAAUAGAUUAAACCAAAUCACCUUCUUUACAGGAAUGGUGUUGUUGGUUUUUUCAGGAUUAAAUCUCUUUAUUGGAUAGUUCCACUUGAAAGGAGAACCCGUAGUUAACUUUAAUGUAAACUAAGUUAGGAGAUUAUUUAAUAGUCAAUAAAGAGGAUGGCAAGAAUGCUGGAUUAAUUUUGAAAUAGGAGUUGAUUUAACAAAUUACUUAACUUGGAACUCAAAAUUCGCUUAUGUUUACCUUAACGUAUAAUUUAAGAGCAAAGAUGGAAAGUAUUUAUCUGAAAACAUAAUUUGGGAUUCUCACAUUUAAAGAUAAUUGUAACCUACUGUCUUCGAUGGCCCUCUUUAAAAAUAUUAUGAAAAAGUUAAUUUACCUUCAAACAAGCUUAACAUUAAAAACUCAAGACAUGAAUAUGCUCUUAGAGAUGUCUACAGCAAUUUAUUAGGCUAAGAAGUAACCUUCUAAGUAUGGGUUGAAAUUACUCCUAUUAUCGGAAAUAUCUUUAGAGAAAAGAUCUAUGAAGCUCCUUACACUCUUCCUAACUAAUUAGUCUUAAGAGAUCCUUGAAAAUUUUUUCUAUAAAUAAAAACUAUUUUAAAUAAAUAUUGUAAAAAAAAAAACUUUUUAUUUACUGCUUUCUUUUAAGUUUUUGAUUAUUCUGAAUUUAAAUUAUCUGCAAACAUUAA